AUGGCUACCACGGCAGAGAAUGUGGUCUUGAUCCAAACCCCCGCAAAUAAUGAGAAUUUGGCUCCCGAUGCUGCUGCUCAGACAAAAUCGGGCGACACCGUCACUGUCUUCCAUGAUCCGAACAACUUCAAUGUCAAACACCCGUUGAUGCAUGAUUGGACACUCUGGUUUACAAAACAGCCAAGUGGGAAGGGAGACAAUUGGAACGAACUUCUCAAGGAGGUUGUGACUUUUAACUCAGUGGAGGAAUUCUGGGGAAUUUACAACAACAUCACUCCCACCUCCAAACUAGGCCUGAAAGCAGAUUACCACCUCUUCAAAAAGGGUGUCCGUCCCGAAUGGGAAGACCAACAAAAUAAGCACGGUGGUAAAUGGUCGUACUCCUUCCGCGAUAAGCAAAACGUUCUCAUCGAUGAGCUCUGGCUUCACGCCCAGCUCGCUGCCAUCGGCGAAACCCUUGAGAACGACGGUGAUAACGAAGUUAUGGGCGUAGUCGUCAACGUGCGCAAGGGUUUCUACAGAGUCGGCCUGUGGACCCGGACUGUCGGCAAAAGCACGCCAGAGGGCCGUCCUGCAGAGAAGGGCAAGGAAAUUCUACUUAAUAUUGGCAGGAAGUUCAAGGAGGUGCUACGCCUAAAAGACAAUGAGAUUUUGGAGUUUUCUGGCCAUACCGAUAGUGCCCAUGCGGGGAGUACGAGGGCGAAGGCUAAGUUUUCGGUUUGA